AUGACAGCACCCUCGAUUAAUCAGAGCACAAAUUUUAAGCUGCAACAGCCCAGCAGCGCCUACAGCUACCUUGACUUGGCAUUGGUGUUGGACCUUCUGGACAUCUGUGAGCAUGAGAAUUUCAUCGACCUGAGUUCCUACAUCGACCUGGGUGCCUUCAAUGACGAGUUCCCGGCUGACCUCUUCCAGCACAGCAGGCAGCAGGAGUGUGUGGCCAAAGCCAGCAGCCUGGAGUACAGCAGCAACGUUGGAGUUGGGGCAGGGAUGCUGGGUGGCAGAUUCCAGCAGGGCAGCAGUGGUGGCCCGCUCUACAGCUAUGUGGACAAGCUGGACCCCACCGUGGUCUACGAGCGCCUAGGUGGGGGCCCUCCUCUGCUGCCCGGCCUGUGCCCAUUGCUCAUCAAGCAGGAACCUCACGAGGAUGACAAGGUGGCAGCGCUGGCUGACCUCUACCCAAUGCCCCCAAGGGGGCCAAAUGCAGCCACCUCCAGUACCAGGUGGUGCACUGGGCCUAGAUGA